UUUUGAAAUAAGCACCCCAGGCGCUAAUUCGAGGAUUUAUUACAGUCAUUGCAUGCUCAAGUAAGCUCGCUGUGUCUAAUUUCGUUUCAUCUCGUCAUCGGGCGAAACGACUAACUUCCGGUUGUGUGACGCCCUGUUAUUGUGUGCUCAUCACCUAAUCUUUUAUGAGUUGAAAGCUGACAUCAACAAGAUAGUUUGAUUCGAAAAGGUGCGUGUUCGGUAGUCCGCCGCUCCAUUUGUCUUACUGACGUCUUCUCACUUUCAGAAACUAAUGAUGCAGAAAAAAGGAUCAGAGCCAGAUUUUUCAGAGCCAUGGCAUCUUAGCGAUGUUGUCUUUGUUGUUGAAGAUAAAAAGUUCCAUGUCCACAAGGGUACUUUAUCCAUGUGGUCACCAGUGUUUGAAAAGAUGUUCUCCCCAGAAUUCAGAGAAAAAUCAGCAAGUGAAAUUCCUCUUCCUGGGAAAAAUGCAACUGAAAUAAAGGAGAUGUUACUUGUCAUAUACCCAACAUCUAAACCAAUCAGUGAAAACAACUGCUACUUUCUCCUUUCCUUGGCCAGAGAAUAUCAGAUGGAACAACUUACAGAGCGCUGUGAAAAGUAUCUGUUACAGAGAGAGAAAACCCCUCAUCAAGCCAUUGACUUUCUUGUUUUAGCUAAUGAGUUUAACAUGGAAGAUUUGUGUAAGCAGUGCGUUGAAAUUGCCAAGCACAUCUCAAUAACUGAACUGCGACGUCAAGAAAAGUAUGCUUUGAUUGCACCAGAAAAUGGCAAGCAAUUAGCUGAAAGGCGAGUGGAAUUACUGGAAAACAAAAUAUUGAGCAGUGAACAACGGGUAAACUCAGUGAAAAAAGAGGUUAAGGAUGUGUGUGAGUGGGGAGUUAUGGAGAUUGCACGGGUUUUGUACCUUCAAAAAAUCCCUGAAGGAAGACGCACUCCCCGUGCCCUUAGUGACUGUACAAAACUGUUGGAAGAAACAGCUCAGGAAAGUAGCGAAGUUAAUGUUAUGCUGCAGUUGUUAUGUCAACGAUUCCGAGGCAUUUAUGAGCCUUAUCAUGCUUAGGUUCUGUGUUGUGUGGGAUCCUCUCAAGUAAUGGCACUAUAUAACAUGUAGGGUGUUUCAAGAACACCUUAGUACUUUUCUACAUGCUGUAGAAAGCAGCUAGUGGCAUGCCCCCUCAAUAUUUCUCAGUCUCAUCUUCCAUCUCAUGCCACUGGUCCCCAGGCUCAAAUUUUCUAGAUGCUCUUCAUUCAUUAGGAAUUCAUUACAUCAAGAAUAGAACAGAUUGUGUAUAAACCAUAUGACAUUUCACAUCAUACUGAACUUUAAAAUACAUUGUUGCAUUGUGACUGUUUUUUU